CUGAAUGUGAACAUGGGAUGAUUAAAUGACGGAAAUCGUGUUUACACGGUAAAUUACGGCACGCAAACGUUCUUUGCCUGUUUUCAAGCCAUGUGUGGCCGGAAAUGAACUCGAUGAGUAACCAGCAAGACGCCGAUAACCGCGUCAUUGUCAACGUCGGCGGAAUACGUCACGAGACGUACAAGGCGACAUUGAAAAAAAUCCCGGCGACGCGCCUGUCGCGCUUAACGGAAGCGCUCGCGAACUAUGAUCCGGUACUUAACGAAUACUUCUUCGACAGGCAUCCGGGUGUUUUCGCACAGAUCUUAAACUACUACAGAUCCGGCAAGCUCCACUAUCCGACCGACGUCUGCGGCCCUCUGUUCGAGGAAGAGCUCGAAUUCUGGGGCCUGGAUUCGAACCAAGUCGAGCCUUGUUGCUGGAUGACCUACACGACGCAUCGGGAUACACAGGACGUUCUGGGUAUUCUUGACCGUCUUGACCUAGACACCGAUAAGCCGACGGACGAUGAUAUUAUGAAAAAAUUCGGCCUUGAGGAUCAGUACAGGACGGGCGAUCUUAACUUCUGGCAGCGAAUCAAACCUAAAAUCUGGGCGCUUUUCGAUGAGCCAUAUUCUUCAAACUAUGCCAAGUUGUAUCCUUUGUUUCAGGUUAUGGGAGUGGUUUCUGUUUUCUUCAUCGUCGUCUCCAUCCUCUCGUUCUGUCUUAAGACUCAUCCGGACAUGCGCGUUCCAAUCAUUAGCAACCUGACGACCAACUUCACGCGAGGCAACAUCUCAUGGCGACUGGAAAAGAGCAAAACGGAGCCGCACGAGUCCUUCUUUUAUAUCGAAUGCGUUAGCAAUGCGUGGUUUACGUUCGAAAUUAUUAUACGUUUUGUCGUAGCGCCUGGGAAGCUUGACUUCUUGAAGGCGCCUGUCAACAUAAUAGACAUGGUCGCCACGUUGUCAUUUUAUCUCGAUUUUCUCCUCACGGAGCUACAGCAGGAGAGUGAUAUUUUAGAAUUUUUUAGCAUCAUUCGUAUCAUGCGACUGUAUAAGCUCACCCGGCAUUUUGCGGGUCUCAAAAUCCUGAUUCACACGUUUAAAGCUAGCGCUAAGGAGCUCGUGCUGUUAAUAUUCUUCUUAGUGUUGGGCAUCGUAGUAUUCGCGGCGCUGAUAUAUUACGCCGAGCGCAUUCAAUACAAUCCAAAUAACGACUUUGAGAGCAUCCCCGUCGGACUUUGGUGGGCAAUUGUUACCAUGACAACCGUUGGGUACGGGGAUAUGACUCCAAAAACGUACGUAGGGAUGUUUGUGGGGUCCUUCUGCGCUUUGACCGGCGUGCUCACCAUCGCUCUACCUGUUCCGGUCAUCGUCAGUAACUUCGCUCUCUUUUACUCACAUACUCAAGCCAGAUCAAAGCUUCCAAAAAAGCGACGAAGGAUCCUGCCCGUGGAGUCCAACAGGGGGCCUAAGGCACCCCAGGGGGUCGGGGGGCAUCCAGGAACAGGUCCACAAAACCGACGCAUGAACGCAAUAAAACAUUCGCCACAUCCUGGGGCGCUGGACGAUAAAAUAGGACGGAUGGUUAUGAUGCCUUUUCAUUCCGCCCCAUCCCCCUCACUUAAGUCUACGUAA